AUGAUGCUAGCUUUCCGUACACACGGAGGUGUACUGGAAACGAGGAGCUUUGUGUUGAGCCUCAGAGCUUUCGCGACGACCAUGGACUUCAUUCGAGAUGCUGUACACAAUGCCGCGCAGCGUAGUGUAUCACAAAGCGCCAUUGCAGCAACCCUGUUCGGCAUUGUCUUCCAUCUAUUGGUUCGACCAUUCGAAUUUGAGCUGAUCAUGUUCCAUUUCAUGGCGGCUUCUACUCUGACCUUUUUCGGGAUGUUUUACACCUUUGGGUUCGUGAAAGCCCUGACCUUUGCAAGCUGUUUCAGCAUCGGAUUGCUUGGUAGCAUUGCUUUAUACCGAUUAGCUUUUCACCGAUGUCGAAACUUCCCAGGGCCGACCGCUGCUAAAAUCUCAAAAUUCUACGCAGCGAGACUUUCGGCGAAAAAUGUACAGUACUACAAGGAGCUGGAGAAGAUGCACGGUCAGUACGGUGACUUUGUGCGCACAGGUCCCCGAGAGAUCAGCGUUCUACGCAAGUCGGCUGUUCCAAUUCUCUAUGGUCCCAAUUCGGAAUGUUCGAAAUCAACAUGGUAUGGCCAGACCGGCAACGACCCGAAGAAGUGUUCGAUACACAUGACGCGUGACUUCAAUGAUCAUCGCCUUCGCCGCCGUGCUUGGGACCGUGGCUUCUCCAUCAAAGCGCUCAGCACAUACGAGCCACGUAUCAAAGCAAAGGCAGACUUGUUUAAGAGUCAAUUGACAGAGAAAGGAGGAAGCUCGAUGGAUGUGUCCGCCUGGUCAAUGUUCUUUAGCUUCGACGUCAUGGGUGAGGUCGGUUUCGGCAAAGACUUCAACAACCUCAAGAGUGGUGUAGAACAUGUUGCCAUUAAAGGAGUUCAUGCUCACAUGACGAUGUUGGGGAUCAUGAGCACAGUUCCGUGGUUGCUCAACGUCUUGAGUUCCAUUCCUGGAGCGGCAGCGGGUUAUUCGGACUUCUUCUCUUUUUGCGCAGAUCAGAUCAGGGAGAAACACAAGACAUGGAACAGCGAGAAGUAUCCGCAGGAUGUUGUAUCAUGGUUACUCAAAGCUGUAAAAGAGAAGGAUGCUUCAGCUUCGCCAAGUGCAGCAGCUCUCGAGGAUGAUUCGAGGGUGAUGAUCAUCGCUGGAAGCGAGACAACAGCCACUACCCUCGCCGGAGCUCUCUUCUACCUCGCCAAAUGUCCCACUAAGCAGAAACGACUCCAACAGUUCCUGGACCAAGCGAUGCCGGGUGGAUACAGCCAAUGGUCAUACGAGAAGGUCAAAUCAGUCUCUUACCUGGAUGAUUUUCUCAACGAAACGCUGCGGCUUCGUCCCGCGUUGUUGACUGGUGGAGCGCGAGAAACACCAGCGAAGGGCAUCCAGGUGGACGAGACAUACAUUCCUGGCAAUACGAACGUGGUAGUACCAGUGUCGCUCAUUCAAAGAGACCCGCGAUGGUGGCAAGAGGCUGAGGAUUUCGUUCCGGAGCGAUUCGGCGAAAGGAAGAUACAGAUGGAGACGGACAAGGCUCCGUACUUGCCAUUUUCUCUAGGCGCGUACAGCUGCCCAGGCAAGAAUUUAGCCCAGAUGAGCUUGCGCAUCUCUCUUUCGAUGAUUGCGCAGAAUUUCGACGGUAUCACCAAGAUCUCUCCUUACCUUGGUCUCCCAGCGCUGCCCAUCAUGCGUAGCUCAUUGUCACUCGUUUAUUUGGCCGUUGCUAUAGUCUCUGCUGUACCGGUCGCGGAACAUGAGAAGAGACAGAGCGCAGAGUUCGACUAUGUCAUCGUUGGCGGUGGCACCGCAGGUCUUACACUUGCGAACCGUUUAUCUGAAGACAGCACCAUGAAAGUCGCUGUGAUCGAGGCUGGUGGUCUCUAUCAGGUUACGAACCCACUUUUGUCGUCGACGCCAGCUGGAGAUGUCUUGUGGGCAGGCUCUAGCCCUUUGGAUCAGAACCUUCUCGUGGACUGGAAUUUCAUCACAGCCCCUCAAGCAGGUGCGAAUGGUAGGAGGAUCAAGUAUGCCCGCGGAAAGUGUCUGGGUGGAAGCUCGGCGCGAAAUUUCAUGAUCUAUCAGCGGGGCGACCGUGGCUCCUACCAGCGUUGGGCAGAUCAAGUCGGCGACGACUCGUACACUUUCGACAACCUCAUGCCUUAUUUCAAAAAGUCGGUCAAGUUCACGCCACCCAAUACCCAGCUCCGUGCAAGCAAUGGGUCGGCCGAAUACGUCGCAAGUGCUUUCGAUGCCAGCGGCGGACCGCUCGAUGUGUCCUAUGCGAACUAUGCGGGCCCUUUCUCAAGCUACAUGGAGGGUGGCCUGAAUGGCAUUGGUAUCCCAACCAGACCCGACUUCAACUCCGGAGAACUUAUGGGAGCGCAGUACUGCAGCUCCACGAUCACGCCUGGUAAUCAGAAGCGAGCUUCGAGUCAAACAGCAUUCCUUGACGCUGUUAAGAACCGUCCUAAUCUCAAAGUGUACUCUUUGACACGAGCUGAGAAGAUUAUCUUCGAUAGUGAGAAGCGUGCCACGGGUGUUCAGCUACCCUUUGGCUCUAUCCUUACUGCGAAGCGAGAAGUUAUUCUCUCUGCUGGUGCUUUUCAAUCUCCCCAACUGCUCAUGGUCUCUGGUGUUGGUCCUGCUGCACAGCUGAAGAAGUUUAACAUUCCCGUCAUUGCUGACCGUCGUGGUGUUGGUCAAAACAUGCAAGACCACAUCUUCUUCGGCCCCACCUACCGCUACAAGGUCCAGACUUUGACCAAACUAGCCAACGACCUUCUUUACGUCGGCGCCCAAUUCGCGUUCGACUACGGCCUACUCAAGAAAGGUCCACUUACCAACCCCGUCUGUGACUUCCUAGGCUGGGAAAAGGCUCCUCGAAAUCUCAUCUCUUCAGAAGCUGCCGCGGUACUAGAUCAGUACCCUGCUUCUUGGCCUGAUAUCGAGUACCUUUCUGCGCCUGGCUAUAUCGGAGAUUUCUCUAAUCUCUUCGCGACUCAGCCAAAGGAUGGUUACCAAUACGCAUCCAUCCUCGGCGCUAUUGUGGCCCCGCUCUCUCGUGGUUCGGUUACCAUCACGAGCUCCAGCACAGCCCAGCUGCCUUCGAUCGACCCUGGCUGGUUGACCGAUCCUACCGAUCAAUCCGUCGCCAUCGCCAUCUACAAGCGCACACGCCAAGCUUUUGCUACGGAUGCCAUGAAGCGCGGACUUGCAGAUACGAAGGAGUAUUUCCCUGGUCCUAACGUUCAGACUGACGAACAGAUCCUCAAUACCAUCCGUGAUACACUAAUGACUGUGUGGCAUGCGUCUUGCACAUGCAAGAUGGGAAAAGUUGAUGACCCUGAUGCAGUUGUGGAUAGCAAGGCAAGGGUUAUUGGCGUGACAGGGUUGAGGGUUGUAGAUGCGAGCUCGUUUGCUCUACUACCUCCUGGCCAUCCUCAGAGUACGGUAUAUGCGUUGGCUGAGAAGAUUGCGGAUGAUAUCAAACGCAGCUAG